UUUUUUUUACCUUAACGAAUCAGAGAGAAGAACUUAGUCGUCAGAAGAAACAAAUCGGAGGGGAGAGAAUAUAAAAAAAAAAAAAAACCCAUUUCUCUCAUUCUCAAUAUCUCUUAAUGUCUGCUGCGUCUUCUCGAUUUCGUUUUCGUUCCGAUUUAAACUCGAUUUUAGAUUUUUUUUUUUUUUUUAAUUUAUUUUGUCAAUGGGAAUUAAUUAUUGAAUAAGGAGAUUUUUCGUUAAUAUAAUUCACUUUUAGAAGAGAUAUGAUGAACAAAUAUGACACGACACGACAUGGUUUCUGAUGAAACCAAAUCUAUCUUUAGAUGGGUUUCUUCUCUGUUUUUAGAUAGCUUUGCUUUUGUCUGUAAAACCAUUUUAUCUGGAAACCAAAACAACUUUUGUGGUCUGCAUUUAAUAGCGUCCUAUGUAAAAACACACUUUUUAUUUUUUUUUUAACUCUCACGUUUAACUUAUGUAACUGUUCGUUAUCUUGGCCCCAUCUCUAUCUUCAGUCCUUCGAUAUGUGUGCUUAGACGUCUCUCACUCACCACGUAUUUUUUGUCUCGAUGGUUAUUAAAGCAGCUAAGUGAGGGUUCUUUGUGUUUAAGUCUAAGAUUUAAUGAGGACUGUUGAUGACUGUUACUGUAUUCUAGAUUAGUGGAUCUUGUUUUGAAUCAAGAUUUGAUAAGCAGAGUGGUGUAUUGAUUCGUAUUUGAAGCUUUUUAAUGAAUCUGAUGAGUAAAAUGGAACUUUGUUGUUUCAGAAACAUUAUCAAGAAAGUGAAUAAAAAAUGCAGGAAGAGACUGAUCCUACUUAUGGUGAGAUUGAGAUAAGUUUUGGUUAUCAAUGCAAUAAUACUAAGAUAGGGAUUCCUGAAGAUCGUGUACCUGAUGGCCGUGAGGUUCUUGCUGGGUUUAGGCUUCAAAAGACUAGUAGUUUCUCUUGUUUAUCAGGAGCUGCUUUAAGCGGCAACCCUACCUUAGCCAAUACGAAUAUCUGCAAUGGAGUGAUUGGUUCUGAGAUUUUGCCUUCUCUAGAUUCUCCUAAAUCUUUCAGGAAAGUUCCAUCUUCCCCUGCGCUUUCUAAGCUUGACAUACUCUCUCCUUCUCUUCAUGGAAGCAUGGUGAGUCUUAGCUGCAGCUCGUCUACUAGUCCGAGCCCUCCUGAUCCUGAAUCUUGUUACUUGACGUCAAUGAGUUCUCCUUCUUCUGUUAAUGAAGGGUUUCUCUCUGCCAUGGAAGUUCAAGUUGCGGGUGGUGCUGCAGGGGAAGAUAGGGUUCAAGCUGUCUGCUCUGAGGAGAACGGUUGGCUCUUUUGCGCUAUCUAUGAUGGAUUCAAUGGAAGAGAUGCUGCUGAUUUCUUGGCUUGUACUUUGUAUGAGUCCAUUGUGUUCCAUCUCCAGUUGCUUGAUCGCCAAAUGAAGCAAAGCCUUACAAAGUCCGAUGAUGUUGUCGAGAAGUUGGAGUUGUUAUCAAAUAUAAGUAAAAUAGAUUACUCUUCCUCUGAUUUGUUCAGACAAGGAGUGCUAGAUUGCUUAAACCGUGCGCUGUUUCAGGCGGAGAAUGAUUUCUUAAGGAUGGUUGAGCAAGAAAUGGAAGAAAGACCGGACUUAGUAUCCGUGGGAUCUUGCGUUUUGGUCACUCUCCUUGUCGGGAAGGAUCUCUACAUCCUUAAUCUAGGUGAUAGCAGAGCUGUUCUAGCGACCUACAAUGGUAAUAAGAAGCUGCAAGCUGUUCAGCUCACAGAGGAUCAUACAGUUGAUAACGAAGUCGAAGAAGCUAGACUCUUAAGUGAGCAUCUUGAUGAUCCCAAAAUCGUUAUUGGUGGAAAAAUCAAAGGAAAGCUUAAAGUUACUCGUGCUCUCGGAGUUGGUUACUUGAAGAAGGAGAAACUGAACGAUGCACUCAUGGGAAUUCUCCGUGUUCGUAACCUUUUGAGCCCGCCUUACGUCUCAGUGGAACCAUCGAUGAGAGUUCACAAGAUAACGGAAUCAGAUCACUUUGUUAUAGUUGCGAGUGAUGGUUUGUUCGAUUUCUUCAGCAACGAGGAAGCUAUUCUACUCGUACAUUCCUUCAUUUCUAGUAAUCCUUCUGGUGAUCCUGCUAAGUUUCUACUUGAACGUCUUGUAGCUAAAGCUGCUGCUCGUGCUGGCUUCACGUUGGAAGAGUUGAUGAAUGUUCCGGCUGGUAGGAGACGGAGAUAUCAUGAUGAUGUGACUAUAAUGGUAAUCACUCUCGGUACCGAUCAACGUACCUCAAAGGCUUCUACGUUCGUGUGAUUUUUGAUGAUGAUAAUGGCGACAAAUUGUAAUUAGUCUCAUUUGAUCUUCUUUUAUUAGACUCUGGUCUUAAGUUUUUUUACUUCUCUGCUGAAAUUAUUUUAAUGUAUAUAAUAUAUUAUUGUAGUUCUUGGGAUUUUUAAGACGGCUAGAGGCCUAGAAUUCAUCAAGUUUGUCUCGGUCUUCUUCAGCCAUAUGUUCUGUUUUUUUUUUUUUUGUCUUUUAGUCGGUUUGGUUUGUAACCAGGAUGUAUGUUCAGUACCUCGGUCCUAUUGGAUUCAUCAAUCUCAACGAAGCGAUGGCGUCGGAACUUCA